GCUGUAUCCAACGAGAGUGGACUUUCAACGAGGUCGAGAGAAAAGCGGGGACGGGAAGACAUCAUUUCUCUCUCAGCGUCUUUGGACUAUACACACGAAGGCAAAGACCAACAAAUUAAAAAAAAAAAAAAAAAAAUUACCCCCUAAAAAGGAAUAUAAUUAUCUAAAUUAAUUCACAAAAUUAACCAUGGCCGACACAGUUGUUGACACGACCGCUACUGCAGAGGUUACAGCCAAGGAACUGAAGGAGAAGAAAGAAGUAGAGGUGGCGGAGGAAGAGAAGAAGACCGACAACGGGGACGCACCUGCCAAUGGCACAAACGGUGCUGAUCACAGUGACAAAGUGGAAGAAACCGCAGAGGAGGAACACAAGAACGGAGAUGAGAAGGCAGAGGAGGCGCCCCCUGCUGAGGAGACUGAUGCACAGCCUGUGAAGCGUGCAGCUGAGGAGGAAGAGGAAAAGGUGGAGACAAAAAAGCAGAAGACAGAGGAAAAUGGAGAUUCAAAAGAGGCAGAAGUGGAGGCUUAGAUCUCUGCCCUGCAACUUGUUUGCAGCACUGUCUUACCAGCCUGGUCAACAUCGUGUUGUAGAGCUUGUGCUUUCUGUAUUUUUGAGAGAAAGAUUUCUUUUUGUUAACUCCCAUGUUAUCACAUUGCACUGGAGUCCUGAAACAUAGUGGCCCUGCAUCCUUUUUUAUGAAAUGUUAUUUAUUGGUCUUUAAAAUUAGCUUUUUUUUCUACGUGUACAAAUUGGGCCACAACAUGAGAUCAGUUUUUUUUUUUUUUCCUGUUUCCUUUUCCUUUUUUUUUCUUUUUUUUUUUUUUUUUUUUCUAUCAGUAUGUUAGAAGCACAAUCUCUAUAUCAGUACUGACCAGAUGAUUCAUACAUACAGGCAGCUGCUCACCUCUUCCAAGGCUCAUGUUGACCUCUCAGAUUCACUUAAAGGACCAAAGAUAAGUUUUAAGCAGGGGCUAAUGGACAGUUGUUAGCAUUAUUAGUUGAGGCAUGAUUUUUUGUGUUGAGCUGCUACUUAAUCCUUGGCUUGGCUGCCCUGUUAACAUAACAGAUGGUUCAAAUGAAUAAAGGGGCUCUGUCUUGUGCCUCCAUGAUAAGACUGCUUGACCCUGUCUUAUGGAGGCAGGAUUUUGCAAUGUUAAUUAACCCCUCUUAAAUCUUAAAGCUUUGGUCAUUUGUUCUGUAUGCAUUCCACGCAAGUUUGUACCAUUUAUACUUUGUUUUUCUUAUGUUUUCAAUGAGUUUUAUGUUAUGGCUGGGUAGCCCAGUUUUGUGUCCAAGACUGCCUUUUUCAGAACCAGAAUGACAUUUGGUUACUUCAGCCACUGCUUUGUAUAUUCUGAUUAACAAAUAAAUUGUCUUUUUACUUAAGUAUACCUA